AUGACAAGUACAGUCGCAUCCUCAAAACUGAAGCUGAAGUUCAACGCACACACUGAAAGAGUUACCGACUUGAAGAUAAAGCAGGAAAACGGAAAGCAGAUAUUAUACACCGCAUCUAGAGACAAAACCAUCAAGGGAUGGGAGUUCAUAACUGGAAGCACUGGCGAAACUCUCGCAAAGCUCUCCAAGCUGCACGCAAAACACGGAGGCUUUGUGACCUCUCUCGGAAUUUCCGACUCUGCAAACUACUUGGUCUCCGUUGGAGCAGACGACACCAUAAGAAAGUGGCCAAGCUCCCCCACAGAGGAAACGAAGACAGCAACCCACCCAGGAAAGCCGUACUGCGUCCUCGUGCACAACACUGGAAGCGAAGAGUACAUUUUCACCGGAGGAAAGCAGCCAGGCCUCAACAUCUGGAACAGCUCCCUCCAGCUGAAGAAGCAGCUGAUCCGAGAGGACAACCCAGCAGCCUUCAUCACCGUGAUCAAGGCCGUCCCAAAGAAGCCAGAGACUGUUUUGUGCGCAUACGCAGACGGAGCAAUUGUCGCGUGGAACAUCGAAACUGGAGCAAUCGAGAGCACCAUGAAGGAGCACGCAUGCAUUUUGGACUCGCUUGUGGUUAGCCCAGACGGCUCCCUUUGCGCAACUGCAGGAAGAGAUAAAAACGUCCUCCUGUGGGACCUCAAGGAGCAGGGAUCAAACAAGUGCGAGAUCUCCGUUGGAGACGCAGUCAGCUGCCUGGAGUUCGCCCUGUCCGCAUACUGGCUGGCAGCAGGAACGGAGACGUCGAUCAUGAUCUGGGAUAUACUCGAGAGAGACGUGGUCGUGGAAAUCCCAAACCCAGAAGACUGUAAAGGAUCAUGCACAGCCAUUUGCUGGCUGGAUGGGUUCACUCUUAUCGCAGGAUACUCCGACGGAACCGUCAGAAAGUACACUAUUGACGUGGAAUAG